AUGUCUGCUGUUUCAGAAGAUGUACUUGGGGAAGAUUCUAACCAAACAAAGAAGUUUGGACCUUACCUGGUAUUUCGUGAACUCUUCCCUGAAUCCGAAAUACCGUACUCUGGAGUGGGCCCUCUGGUGUACCAAGGGGAGGCAGUGAGAGACGACUACGAAGAAGAUUACGGCCCCUACUCGGCGGUACCCGGCGGCUCCACGGCUUCCAUCCUCACCUACCCUUAUCAGGCCGCGCUGCUGGUACGGAGUGAUGGUAAAUUCUAUCAGAUAUGUGGCGGGGUUCUUGUGAGCAAAAGGAAAGUGCUUACUGCUGCUCACUGCGUUGAUCUGGGACUGACCUAUUACGUGAUGUUGGGUGUGUCCGAUCUAAGGGACUCCACGAGCAAGUACAUACAGUUUAUUCAAGUAUCCCGAAGGAUUCUUCACCGUAGCUACAAGAACUACCAAGACUACGACAUAGCCAUGCUGACCCUGUCCUACCCCGCCCGCAUCAACAGACGGACCAGGAUCGUGAGAUUGGGAUCUUACAUAGACACAAGACCCACCAACAGGUGCUCCGUGUCGGGAUGGGGCCGCUCGGAAACAGGAAGCGGCUACGUCCUCAAAGCUGGCAGGCUGAGAAUGAUGACACAGACCCGCUGUACUGCGGAGUGGUACAGGCUGACCAACAGAUACCUGCUUGGUUCACGGGAAGUGUGUGCAGUGGCUCAGGACGCCUCUACCUGCUCUGGAGACAGCGGAGGUCCUCUGGUGUGUAGCGGCCGACUGGCCGGCCUAGUGUCGUGGGGUAACGGAGACUGUACACCUGGCACUCCCGGAGUCUUCACGCGCAUUGCUCGACUCAGAUUCUGGAUUUAUGCGCGGUUGUUUUAAGCGCGGUGAAAGAAAAAAAAAAGCAAAACCUAAACAAGAACUAAAGUAAAACACGAGAUUACGGAAGGCGCGUGCGUGAGCACACUCAUACACACAUAAUAUACAUAUAACCACUCUCUAUCAAUUCCUCUUCUUCUCUCUCUCUCUCUCUCUCUCUCUCUCUCUCUCUCUCUCUCUCUCUCUCUUCCGUGGGGAAGCGGUGGCUGUACGUCUGUUAUCCCCGGAGUCUUCAAGCAGAUUGCUCAACUCAAAUUUUAGAUUUAUGCGCAGUUGUUUUAAGCACGUUGGAAGAAAAACAAAACAGAAACAGAAACAAAAACAUAAACACAAAGUUUAUUUCUUUUUCAGCUUUUGUAAGAGUUUUACGGCAGUUGCGACACAACAAGUUAUAGGAAUUGAGGAGCAAACUACACCAGAGCACCCACAAACCACCCACAUUUAAACAAAAAACUACAAAAGGACGACGAAAGCCAUUUACAAAAGCAGAGGCAGAAACAAAAACAAAAGUAAAAACAAAUCAAGCAAUACGAGUUCAAAGAAAACUAUGCAUUAAAAAUGCUAUAAAGGACAAUACAAUAAUACAGAAAGAAGUUUUAAAAUAAUAUUAUAAGAAUAAAAAUACGGGG